UCAUGCUGCUGCCAGGCCCGUAACCUGUCAUGGGUCCCUGUACGGCCUCCCAUUGCUGCUGUCUCCAUCGCCACACUCUGCCAUGUGCCACUUUCAGGUCUCCUCACACUGCUGGUGGGUUCCAUUUUGUCAUAGGGUGCUGGCAGAUUACCGGCCCUCCUAUUGCUGCUGCCAGGCCCGUCCAGAGUGUCUCAUGGGUCCCUGUACGGCCUCCCAUUGCUGCGUCUCCAUCGCCACACUCUGCCAUGUGCCACUUUCAGGUCUCCUCACACUGCUGGUGGGUUCCAUUUUGUCAUAGGGUGCUGGCAGAUUACGGGCCUCCCAUUGCUGCU